AGUUCUCAACGAUCAUUCGCUCUUGAAUCGUCGAGAAAACGCGACGCUAGAUAAUAUUUUUUUCAAAAUAUCGCAUAAAUAGAAUAUUUUAAAUUUGGUUAUCCUUUUCGAAAUAAUGCAUAAAACAUUGUGGAUCACAUUUGUGACCAUUUAUAUUUGUUACGUUCAAAGUGCUAUUAUCGGCAAAGAUGAAUUUGUCACGAUUGAGGACGACCCGUACCAGAAUGUCAAUGAGAUCGCAAACCCAGAUAUAGAAAGUGCAAGAAACGAAAGAAUACUAUGGCCUUAUGUUGCGGAAAGUUCGACAAACCUUGAAAACGAAAAUCAAACUGAUGAAAUGGAUAUCAAAGAUGUUAAAACAAGAGAAAAGAGGUUUUUACACUGGUCGUAUCCACAAAGUCCGAUAGUCGAUAUGAUGAUGCAAACAAUGUCAGUUAAUUAUUCUCCCAAUGUAGCUGGAGAUCCUUUCGAUUUUCUACGGGAUUCUUAUCAAUUGCCUGAGGAUAAAAUGCUGGAAGAGUAUGACUACAUAAUCGUCGGUGCUGGCACUUCUGGGUCAGUUCUUGCAGCGCGGCUUACUGAAGGCAAACCAAAGGCAACUGUUCUGUUGCUUGAAGCUGGCAAACCAGAGAUGCUGCUAUCAGACAUACCAGCGCUUGCGCCGUAUAUCAAAUUAACACAUUACGUCUGGCCGUAUACUAUGGAACAUCAACCAGGAGUUUGCUUGGGUAGUGAGGAGCAGCGUUGUUACUCACCGGAAGGCAAAGCGGUAGGGGGCAGCAGUGUCGUUAAUGAUAUGAUUUACUCCCGCGGCCGCCCUCAGGACUGGGACAGGAUCGCCGCUGACGGUAACUAUGGAUGGUCUUACGACGAAAUUCUGCCGUAUUAUAAGAAAUCGCAGCGAUGCGAAUUGAGGAAAUAUAAAAACGCUACGUACAGUGGACGUGAUGGUGAGCUAACGGUCGAGAAUGUCCCGUUCAGAACUGGUCUAGUUGAAGCUUUUCUAGCAUCGGGAAGAUUGCACGGCAACCCGACAAUCGAUUACAACGCACCGGAUCAGCUCGGCUUCGGAUAUGUUCAGACAACACAAAAUAGAGGACAUAGAUUGAGCGCAGCUAAAGCUUUCUUACAUCCACAUAAAAGAAGGAAGAAUUUGCACAUACUUACUGAUGCUAAAGUAACUAAAGUUGUUAUUGAACCUCAAACUAAAAGAGCCUAUGCUGUUGAGUACCUCAAAAAUCACAUUAAACACACAGUGCGUUGUCGUAGAGAGGUCAUUCUAGCUGCUGGUGCAGUAGGUUCACCACAAUUGCUUAUGUUGUCAGGCGUCGGGCCAAAAGAAAAAUUAGAAGUACUAGGAAUCCCAGUAAUCAGUGAUUUAAGAGUUGGAAAGAGUCUAUAUGAUCACAUAGCAUUUCCGGGAAUCGUUUUUAAACUAAAUUCAAACAAUGCUAGUUUACAAGAAUUAAAAGUUGCUACACUCCCUAAUCUAAUGCAAUGGCUACAAUUCGGAGAUGGAUUGAUGACGACACCCGGUUUAGUGGAGGCUGUAGGUUUUAUAAAAACGUCGAAAGUUUGAAAAUAUCAGACAAGACAUACGUGACAGCAUUCAGCGGUCUCCACGGUUGUGACACUUGGUCCGCUGUUCCGAUACUCCUUCAUCCGAAGUCCAAAGGAUGCCUCGAGCUUCGGGAUAACGAUCCAUUCUCGCAUCCUAAAUUAUACGGAAACUAUUUCACAGAUCCACAUGAUAUGGAGACAAUGAAAGAGGCUGUUAAAUAUGUAAUUAAGUUGGGCGAGUCGGAACCAUUUAAGAAAUAUGGUGCCCAGCUAUAUUUGCCACCAUAUCCGAAUUGCCACAACCAUAGUCCUGGUUCUGAUUCAUAUUGGGAAUGUGCUAUUAGAACUAUGAUGGUGUCCCUACACCAUCACGUAGGUACAUGUAAGAUGGGACCUCCUAGUGAUCCUGAGGCUGUGGUCGAUCCUGAAUUAAGAGUAUAUGGAGUAGAUGGACUUAGAGUUGUAGAUUUAAGUGUAUUGCCACGUACAGUCAGCGGGCACAUGACUGCUCCGGCACUGAUGAUUGGAGAAAAGGCUUCGGAUAUGAUUAAAAAGAUUUGGUCAAACGUGGUCGUGUGAUACUAGUUAAGUUUACUCGUAAUAUUAAUAAAUUAUUAUAAACCA